AUGAUCCGUCUUGUAAUAGCACUUGCAGCUCAAAGACAAUGGACAAUCUACCAGCUGGACGUGAAGUCAGCCUUCCUGCAUGAGGAAUUAAAUGAGGAAGUGUUUGUUGAGCAGCCUCAAGGUUAUGUGCGCAAGGCCAAUGAAAAGAAAGUCUAUAGGCUCAAAAAGGCUUUAUAUGGACUUAAGCAAGCUCCACGAGCUUGGUAUAGUCGUAUAAAGGCUUAUUUCAUGAAGGAAGGAUUUGAAAGAUGUCAUUAUGAACACACUUUGUUCACAAAGACAGCAAAGGAAGGUAAAAUUCUAAUUGUGAGUCUUUAUGUUGAUGAUCUCAUAUUUACUGGCAAUGAUGAAUCUAUGUUUGCUGAGUUUAAGAGAUCAAUGAAGCUUGAGUUUGACAUGACUGAUCUUCGGAAGAUGAGGUAUUUUCUUGGUAUAGAAGUUAUGCAAAGAACUAAUGGAAUAUUCAUUAGCCAAAAGAAAUAUGCUUUGGAGGUGCUUGAAAAGUUUGGAAUGAAUAAAAGCAAUCCGGUUCUUAAUCCCAUUGUCCCAGGUUGCAAACUUUUGAGAGAUGAAGAUGGAGUAAAAGUAGUAUGGUUGAGAAGGAUUUUUGAGAUGCUUGGUGAAAAGCAAGAUAGGCCUACAAUUGUUCACUGUGAUAGUAGCUCAGCAAUUGAACUUGCAAAGAAUCCAGUGAUGCAUGGACGCAGCAAGCAUAUAAACGUUCGUUUCCAUUUUCUUUGUGAUCUUAUAAAGGCAGGAACUGUGGAAAUGGUGCAUUGCAACAGUCAAGAACAAAUUGCAGAUGUGAUGACAAAACCUCUCAAGUUGGAUGCGUUUGUGAAGCUACGAAGUAUGUUAGGUGUUUGUCCAGAACCUUGUGUAAACUGA